AUGGCCAUAAGGAUACUCAACUUGACCACAGGUUCAUCCGGAUGUGAAAGAAAUUGGAGCACUUUUGAAAUGGUAGAUGCAAAGAGGGGAAAUAAACUAGAUGUGGCCCGUAGGGACAAUCUAGUUUAUAUCCAAUUCGAUGGAAGGAUGAUUGAUAAAAGAAAGAAGUUAUCCUCUUCUAGUGAUGUUCUUCUUGGUGAAGAUGCGUCACGAGCACAAGAUUGGAUAUGUGAAGAUGCAUACAUUGAUGAUGAGUUUGAUCCCACUACGGGGGUGCCAUACAACAUCAUUGAUGAAGCAAUGGAGGAAAGCAAACCUAUAGAGCUUUGUAGGAGUGCACGAGUUAGAGAACUCCAUGAAGUUGAAGAAUACAUUGAGGAUGAUGAUGAUGAAUCUAAUCAUGGGGUAGAUAUGGAGGAUGAUGAGAUCGAUUACGAGUCCGGUGAUGAUGGGGUGAUGGCAACCAAAGAUGAUGAUGAGGAGGAGGAGCCCCGCAGCCUUGAGCCAUUCGUCGCAAACUUAUUUUGCUUGCUAUUUUUAAUAGGCCGAUUCACCGAUUAA